CGCGAAACUCAGGUGUGCCAAGCUCGCGCUCAAACAACACAAGGAUAACCUUCGGCGCACCAUGAGCGAGCAAUAAGCCCACUGAAUUACAAUCAAACCAUACAUAUCAAAAUUGCACUGAUAGCGUAAAACCGUAGAGUUAAUUAAGUAUAAUAAUAGAUUCAAUUGUAAUUUAAAUUAAGAAUAUCACAAGAAAGACUGGCACAAGAUAUACAAAAAUUUAAAAAGUAGUGUUCUUAUUAUCGCGCGCGUGGGGCAGUCGCCCCUUGGGACUUUAAGGUGGAGGACGAGGGGGGAGCGCUGCUAGGGCGGAUGCAGAGCGCGCUGCGAGGCGGCGCCGCAGCCGCUUCGCCCUCGCGUGUCGCCAGCUCCAUCAAGGGCUACCUCACUAACAAGGUCGGCUCGCUUCAACUGAAAGACACAGGUUCCGAAGUCCCAAUCGAGGGUUGCGGCGAAAUCCAUCAAAUUUCAAAUGAUCAGUAAGCGGGAAGACAUCAGAAGAUAAACGGAGCGAUGGUCGUAGCUUCUCAAGGCAUAUAUAUUGCUUAAGACACACUCGUUGAAAAGAAAUCAAGAUGGCGGAGGGUCCCCAAACGAUAUGGCAGAAAAUCGACAGUUCCACGAUCCCCGUUGUGAACCUCGAGGUUCGGGAGGUCCGCGAGAUACUAUGGGAGAAGAUAAAGGAACCUACCUCUCAGAGAAAGAUCAUUUUAGUCAUAGUGUCCAUAGCCCUUCUACUAGACAACAUGCUGUAUAUGGUUAUCGUGCCGAUUAUACCAGAUUACUUACGUUACAUCGGUGCGUGGGGCGAGGCCGGAUAUGACCAUGUUGUAACUCUGCCGCCCUACAAGGAAGGUAACAGAACCAUAAUACCGACUAAAAUCAUCCCAGCCUCUCAUGAAGGGCAGGAUUCCGCGACAGGAGUUCUCUUCGCUUCAAAGGCGAUAGUGCAACUGAUGAUAAAUCCAUUUUCCGGUGCCUUAAUCGAUCGCAUAGGAUAUGACAUACCCAUGAUGAUUGGGCUUAUAAUAAUGUUUCUGUCUACAUCGAUAUUCGCCUGCGGACGGAGUUAUAGCAUGUUGUUCUUUGCGAGAAGUCUUCAAGGAGUUGGAUCUGCUUUUGCUGACACUUCUGGAUUGGCAAUGAUAGCUGACAGAUUCACUGAGGAAAACGAACGUUCGAAAGCGCUCGGUAUCGCUUUAGCGUUUAUCAGUUUUGGAUGUCUCGUCGCACCGCCUUUUGGUGGAGCAUUAUAUCAAUUCGCAGGAAAAGAAGUACCUUUCCUUAUUCUUGCGUUAAUAUCACUUAUGGACGGAUUUAUGCUACUACUUGUAAUGAAACCGUUAAAAACUCAAAUGAAAGAAGCCUCUGAGCCGAAACCUGCUAGCACACCUAUUUGGAGACUCCUUAUGGAUCCAUACAUCGCUGUGUGUGCUGGGGCUCUAAUGAUGUCUAACGUCGCAUUAGCGUUUUUAGAACCGACUAUCUCGCUCUGGAUGGAGGACAAUCUAACAAAGGAUAAUUGGAAGAUAGGUAUGAUUUGGUUACCUGCGUUCUUCCCUCACGUUCUCGGCGUCGUGAUAACGGUGAAAAUGGCGAAGAAAUACCCACAGCAACAAUGGUUGAUGGCAGCUGGAGGUUUAGCGUUGGAAGGGUUGUGCUGCUUCAUUAUUCCAUUCGCAAAUUCGUACAAGAUGUUGAUGAUACCAAUAUGCGGUAUAUGCUUCGGCAUAGCCCUUAUUGACACGGCCUUACUACCGACUCUUGGCUAUCUCGUAGAUGUUCGAUACUCGUCUGUUUAUGGAAGCAUCUAUGCCAUUGCUGAUAUAUCAUAUUCCUUUGCCUACGCUGUUGGACCGAUCAUAGCUGGAGAAGUUGUCGAAGCAAUAGGAUUCACCGCACUGAAUCUUUUCAUAGCAUUCAGUAAUCUACUUUAUGCUCCUGUUUUGAUGUAUCUCAGGCAUAUUUAUGACUUCAAGCCAUUUGAAAAUGAAGCGAAUAUUCUGAUGGCUGACCCACCUGACAAGGAAUAUCAAACUUACAGCAUGCAAGAUCAAAGACCGGUAAACGGUGAAUUCAAAAAUCACUUGGAGUAUACCAGCGUGCCGGGCGAUGGUGACUCGGUGCAAGAGUCCAACGUCGACCAGUCGAGGUAUGACUAUCAAGAAGGGUAUCAAAAUUAUUCCCAGGGCUAUGAUCAGCAAGGCUUUCAACAAGAAGCAUACAGCCAGCCACGUCAGUUGCCAGCGCAACCACAGCCAGCACCGAGCAAUCCGUUCAGGGCUCCAGGAGCUGCAUCUGCACCAGCUCCAGCUCCAGCACCAACGCCGGCACCUGCCCCAACACCAAAUCCAAUCAGGAACCCCUUCCGACAAGGCUUCUAGAUCUAUUUAGUAAUGUUGUCUAUAUUUUUGAACCUACUUGUUGUGUAUUUAUAAAUGUCUCAUAUAGUUGAUAACUUCGAUCACUGAGCCGCGCCCAACUGGCGGCAAUGUUUAACCUUUGAUUAGAUGUCUAUAACCUUACUGUGCUCGUAAUUAUCUCUACUGUAGUGUGUCUGCGCUGCCCACGAGAUGACGUCAUCGUGUCUUAGAUACUUUUAAUUACAUGUUUUACUUACGUAAAAUGUGUACGGAAAAUAUGAAGUAAUUUUGUCGGCAGCCAGAGUUCUUGUUGAUCUUGAAUUGUUCAAAAGUAAUUGUUGCAUCUUAUAAUAUUUAGUACUAAAGAGCCAAUGAGGUUCCACUUUAUAAUCUUUCCUUAUUUUUUAAAGAUUAAGAUAUACUGAAGGAUGAAGUGACUGCAGCGCAGCUAAACGUAUUUAAAUAAACUAUUGAUGUGGUAUUGUAUACACGUUAUAUCAGAUUAUUAAAAGCUAUUCAAAUGCAUAUUCUCGAAGCAAUUUAAGACAAAUUUAGAAGUAUUUAUAUGUAGCUUAGAUCAUAGAAUUAAAGAUUAAAAAUCAUGCAAGAACGUUAAUCGUUUAGAAAUAGAUGUAAAGAGGUCUAACUAUUUGUAAAUUUUAAAUGACACUUGCAUCUAUUAGUGAUUAUAAUUUAAGAUAUAUAUAAGACAUUAUUUGGACACGUAUGUUUUUGUUGUACACAGAGAUUGUUCAUGCUUUCUUUGAGAGACUGAGAGAUUGUAAAAUUCGUUUUUUGUCGUUUUUUUAAGGAAAGCAAGAAUUAUUUGUAGUUUAAUUUAAUAGAAUUGUUUUUUUUUACGAAUUUAAUUAUGCAUUUAAAGAUUGAAGUCAAAUCGUGACAUUGCAUAAUAAUAAGAUAAUUAACAGAAUCGAAUUGUCAGAUUUCAUUUCUAUAGUGUCAAAAUAUAUAUAGAAAACUACAUCGUUUGACAAGUAUAAUAAAUACUUCGAGAUUGACUUUAAUUGAAUUCGUAAAAAUAACGUUUCAACGAAGAUAUAACGUUAUAACUUUAAAUAUUAGUCAUAUACUUGAAUGUCUACUGUCUAGUGCUUGUAGCAAUGUCGGUGUUAUACAUAUAUAUAUCGCUAUCAAUUCGUAUUUAACAUAAUCAAUUAUAAUAUCAAUUAGAGGUUUAAGAUCAACUUGUGAUAAAGUUGCAACCAAGGUAACGAAACAUAUCAGAAUCUUUUGAUUCACCUAGACUAAGUCGUAGUAUUGUAAGUAUUUGUCUCUUAUUGUACUGUAGAUGUGUGCUGGUUUUAGGCGCGUAAUAUAUCGGUGUAUUGUUUAGCUGUAGCGUGUCAACUUUGAAGAGCAUUGAGGUCAUUCGGUGGGUCAAAGAGUUCCUAUGUGCAAAUUAAGAGACGAGUGCUAUGGUGUAUUAUUACUGUACGAAAAUUUGUGCGUUAACGUGUCUGAUCAAGGUCGUAAAUAUAUAAGUACGUGAAAAUAUAAAAAAAAAACUCUCUUGGAAAGUAAAAAAAUGCAAUAAUUAUGCAAUUUAAUCAGAUAUUCAUAUAUAUAAAUAUAAGACAUAAAUAUAAGACUGUUCUCAAACAUAUCAUCUUAUUAUCGAAAUCAAAUAACAAUAUAGAUUAAUGAAAAUUGUAGAACUCCCACCGCAAUGACCUGACAAAAAUAUACACAACUCUGUUAUAAAUGAUACAAAAUAAAAAAAAAUUACUAUUUAAUUGUACAAGAAAAUGUGACGAGCCCGACAUGUCAAUUGAAAGUGUGUAAAGUAAAGAGAUUGGAGAUGUGAAGGUAUUUAUUUAAAUUAAAGACUUACAAUGCUUUUGACAACUUUAUCAAUUGUGAAAUAAUAGGAAGUGCAAUUUCAUGAACAACUAGCUCGUUGUGCGUUGCAAUGCCUCGCGAAAAGACUUGCGAGAGUUUCAGUAACGAUUGCACAAAAAUUUCAAUUCAAUUGAAUGAUUCAUGUGUAAACACAUUAAAUACGAACCCAAACGGGCGACAUUUUUUAUUUAUGAGGUUUCUAAACGAAUAAGUAAAUAAGAAUGAAAGUUUUAGAGAUGCCAUCCGGUCAGUGACAGAACUAUCGAUCUGACGUUAUGUAAGCAAGCUUUUAGACAUGAUAUCGUAACGAACAUGCAAGAGUUGGCGAGGUAUAUGGAUACAUUCCAAAUUUUUUAAUUCACAAUUGAAAAAGUAGUCGAUUUUUAUUUUGCGAUUUAAUUUUAUGGCAAGCGAAGAUGUGUCUGCCUCGUGGAGGUAUCGGUAGCCUGCAAAGUACAGUAGUGUUCGUGGGGACGGUUCAGAGCACAUUCUUUUAAUACGCACGAAUGUGUCGCUCCCGACCUUUGUGUAAUAUACAGUUGCAAUUUUUGCAUCAAACGCCAUUACACAAUUUAUAUAUUUUUGAACUUAUGCAGCGCCAUACAGACGUUAUAUUUAUUAUUUAAAAUUAUAUAUUUUAUUAAUAAGGUCAUACUGUAAAGUAAAAUUUGGUCUAAGCACAAACGGUGGUAUAAUCAUAUACAUACUUUAUGAUUCCAAAAAAGUUCGAUGGCUGGUGCAAUUAUUUAUAUGGUUUGUGAAAAUGUACAUUUCCGUCGGGGGCUUAUUAUAUUGUAAGGUGUUUUUGCUAAUUAUAAAGUUUAAGGGAUAAAUUAUCGAUAUGAUCACAUUUCCGAUCAGAUAUGGUUUAAUCGUAAAUUAAGUCAAUUUCGUGUUAAAUUCUCCCGAAAUUCAAUUACUUAGUAGAGUAUCAGCGCUGUGUGGGGCUUGCUGUUAGAUGCUCGUGGUAUCGUGGGUUUUUAUUACACAAUAGUGAAAAAAAAAUCAUUCGAAAAUUAUUCAGUCUAAUUUUCAUAUAUCAUUUUAAAUUAUAUUUAAUAAAUUAAUUUAAAUCCACGAUGUUACGAUUUUAUCGUGUUGCGCUAUUAAAAUUUAACUCAAUGAAGUAUUUUAAAUUAUCUCUAACGGUAGAGGUUAUAUCAAAGAGGAGUAACAUCGCAUACAUAUCACUAGGGUAAGAUUAUACAUUAUCUGUGCAUUUUAUAUGUGUGUAUUUAUACGUGUGUACUUAUAUAUAUUUGGAUUGUAUAUUUAAAUGACUUAUUCCUAUAACGCACACGUAGAUAAGCUAUUAAUGCAAAUAAGAACAGAGGAAUUCGUUAUGUUAU